AUGGGUAGACGACCUGGUAGAACUGCUGCAAAAAAUGCCGCCGCUGCAUUGAAAAAUACUCCACAAGCCUACGAUGACCCUGAAGAUGAUCCCACAAUCGAUGCACCUCCAUCCGAUGCCGGCACAAUUCCCGAAAAUGACGAAGACGAUAUUGGUGAAGAAGAACCCAUUGAUUCAGAAGCUGAAGAAGAAGAAGUUCAUGCUACCCCCGUUCCCGACACCACCAUUCGCAAGAAGCGACUAGGUAGACCCCCAAAGAUCAAGCCUCCAGGGUGGGAUCUCGAUGAUGGGACUACGUCUGAAGCAGCCACACCUAGUCGAGGGAGAGGUAGAGGAAGGGGUUUCAGAGGUGGUGGACGAUGGGCUAGAAGAGGUGGCCCUAGUCAUAUUACGCAACAACCGGUUGAUAAAGAGGGGAAUAUGAUGGAUGUUGUGAACGAUGAAGUGGAAUUGCCUGAGGAUGCAGAAGGAGAGAAAAAGGUUGAUAAACUCGGUUAUCUACAAGGUAAUCGGGAAUAUCGUUGCAGGACUUUUACGGUUCAAGGUAGAGGAAAGAGACUAUAUAUGUUAUCGACGGAACCGGCACGUUGUGUGGGAUUCAGAGACAGUUAUCUCUUUUUCACGAAACAUAAGAGGUUAUUCAAGAUUAUUAUUGAUGAGGACGAGAAGAGGGAUAUGAUUGAGAGGGAACUUAUUCCACAUUCAUACAAGGGAAGAGCUAUUGGAGUUGUUACUGCGAGAUCAGUUUUUCGCGAAUUCGGCGCUCUGAUUAUUGUCGGGGGCAAAAGAAUUACUGAUGAUUAUGAGGUUGCGAGAACAAGACAAGAAGGAAUCGUGGAAGGUUCUCUGGCUGAUCCAGAUGAUGCAAUCAAGGCUGGUGAAGCUUACAACAAAAAUCAAUAUGUCGCAUGGUUUGGAGCAAGUUCAGUAUAUCAUUCCGGUCAACCCACUGUUCCACAACAAACCGGAAAGAUGGUUGAUGGAAAGAAAAGAAAGAUCAUGGUGAAUGAUGUUAAUUGGAUGUUGGAGCAUGCUAGAGAAGCUAGUCGAUUCAAUUCCGCAAUCGCAGCAGCUCGUCGUCAAAACUUGAACGGUAUCUACGAUCCCCAUACAAAUAUCAUGCAAUACCCACGUACCAUGCAGCCAACCCACGCUCGCUGGGAACAAAUAAACGACAAUGAACCGCAGCCGGAAUCCGCAGACUCAACACUCUUCCCACCCGUUAAACCAUUCUUUUCCCGGAAUCUCUUGAUUGUAGAUACAUAUAUGGAAUCUUCGCCGUCCACACAUUACGGAGUUCCGGGUCCCGAUGGCGCGGGCUGGGAUUUGGGUGCGGGUGGGAAUGGUAAUGGUAUUGGAGAUAAUGACAUGGGUAUGGGUAUGGAUGGUUUAUGUGGGGUAAGUGAAGAUAUACUAGAUGCUCUUCCCGAAGACUGUAGGAAGGCUUUUGAAGAGGCAAGGGAAAGAGAAAGGGAAUGGAAGGGGAGAUGGGGAUCAGAGAGUGUAGAUGGUGGGAGGAGAAGUGUCAAGGUCGAUAAGGGGUUAAUUUUAUAG